CUAGCCUCCAGGAGAAUGGGUGUACGGGUCCAGUUGCUUGUCAGAGUGAUGUGAACAGGCUUGGAUGAGGCCCAAACGCCAGCAAAGACCCCCACAACCAGCAGAACUGCCGCUUCCCUUACCGACAUGCUUUCUUACUCCUAAUUAGUGCCUACCUGUUUCCAAUUGAAGCCCACCCGUCCAUCCGGCGUAAACAAAACUGUCACCGCAGCGAGUUUAUUCUCACACUAUCAUGGAGCCCAAAGAAGUCGUUGCCUCGUUGGCCCUUCACACAGUUCUGGAGCCCAUCUUCACAGAGAUGGAGCGAGAAGAGACUAUGCUGGCUUCCGUCCAGACGUUGAGAGACGCCUUCACAAAGGCGGAGAGGAGUCAUCCUGGACUGGCCGAGGAGUUCCUGGGCGGCGUGCUACAGGCGGAGGGAGCGGGAGUCGACCUACCCGAGGCUCUCCUGCAGCUAGCCUGUCGUGACGUGGACCACUACACCAUCCCCUCGGACGAGAAGGAGUAUGUACUGUUGAAUGAACGGGCACGAGCCCUAAAGGUAAAGCUGAGCCACAUUCCUGACCAGAUACAAGACCGUUCGCAGUUUCUCAAGAUCAUUAGGGACAUUGCGAGUGCCAUCAAGGAUGUGUUGGAUGCGGUGAAUGAAGUCUCUAAGAAGCACCAAGGAGACCCUCGCAUGCGGGAGUACAAGAAGAUGCUGGACACACACAAGAAAGUGUUUGUAAAAAGUUCACGGAACUUCAGUGACACCCUCAAGAGAUACUUCAAAGAUGGAAGGUCGGAGAGUGUGUACCUGGGAGCUAACCAACUGCUGAACCACACAAACGCUCUCCUUGGCAUGUACAAGGCUGUCUGUACUACUGCUGCCUAGAGAUUUUAUAACAAUGUCGUGUCUUUUUGUUUGUUGUGUGAAAGCAAGAGGAUGAUGUUUUAGAGGGGCGUGGCUUUAUGCGCAUGCGCAGCGUGAGAGCCUUGUUGCAUAAUCGAUCAUUGCUGCAUGUGACCGAGUCUCGGAUAGGAGAGAAAGAAUGGCUUCUUCCUGUGUGGUUUCAUGGUGCCUCGUGGUACUGCUGUGUGCGAGGUUGGGGCUAGCUGCCGAGUGUCAUGGGAAGCCGUCUCCGGACGCCAAGCCCAACCUGAACCCCGUAGACACUGGUAAACCCAAGGUGGUGAGCUCCACCACCAAUGGAAAGCUGUUCACCAUUGGCCAGGGAGAUGAUCUCGUGUAUCUGCUCCACGUCUGGGGAUCUCCCUAUGAAAUGGGGUAUGCCCAUGGCUCUCUACUGAAAGAGAGAGCACAAGACAUGCUCAACAGUGUCUGGAGCUACUUUGAACUACAAGUGGAACAGGCAAUGAACGGCACAGUUGACUUCCUCCCUGAAUGGUUUAUGAAAGACGUGGCUAACUUUGGACUAGAUGUAGCUCUGGACCUGGAGAUCCUAGCUACUGAACCAUACACUGGAGACUAUUUCCUGCCAGAGAUCAAAGGACUAGCCGAUGCUUCUGGAGUCAAUUACAAGAAGAUUCAGAGGAUCCACAUGAUAGGAGAACUGACAAAGGGAGCGUGUUCAAUGUUUGGAGCCAACUCCAGUGCAACACCAGACGGAACACUACUGCAGCUACGAGCUCUUGACUGGGAUGUUGAUGGUCCGUUCAAGAACUUCCCCCAGAUCACAGUCUACCACCCCCAGCAAGGCAACGGCCAUGCAUUUGCUAACAUUGGCUGGACUGGCUGGAUUGGCUCCAUCACUGGUGUGUCCUCACAAAAAAUGGCCAUCUCAGAGAUUGGAGUGUCCUUCCCGGAUGACACCUUUGGUCAAGAGUCAAGAUUUGGAGUUCCUUUUACAUACCUACUGAGGGACAUAAUUCAGUUUGACAGCAGUCUGCAGUCAGCCAUGCAGAGAAUCUCGUCUGCUCAUCGAACCUGUGACCUGAUCCUGGGUGUGGGAGAUGGGAAGGAGAAUGAGUUCCGUGGAGUGGAGUAUUCAGCAGCAGUGGCAGACUUCUUUGUAUGGGACAACCUCCGUCCUGAGGCCACCUGGCAUCCCAAGAUCAGGGACAUUGUCUACUGGGGAAUGGACUGGCUGUGUCCAGGCUACAGUGAGGUGCUGGCGAAACAACUGGACCUCUACCACGGCAACGUGACGGCUCUCAACACCAUCAGAGACAUAGUCUCCAUAGUCCAGACUGGAGACCUUCACGUCGCAGUCUAUGAUCUGUCACAUGAGCUACUCUAUGUGGCCAAUGCCAGGGGAGACAGUGAACAAGGCCCUGUCUAUGCCUAUGAUAGGACUUUCCUGCAGCUGAAUCUGACUGAAGUGUUCUCUGAGCUACCACCAUCUCUGUGAUUAUUUUUAUGUGCUGGUAUAUAUAAUGUGUGUACUGAUGCGGAACUGUCCGCGUAUAUACCGAGGG